CUGAGGUUGCCUGUCUUCCUGAUCGUUUGUGGGCUCUGUUGAUCAGGCCUACGGAGGCUUGGCAUAUUGGUUGGAGUUUAUUGCUUAAGGCUAGAUUUAACUGAACCGUGGGUAGAUUGAAUGUGUUUGAGCCUUUUUGAGUUGUUCUGCCAGCAGGGUUGCCAUCUUUUCCCCCUUACAGGGUUCCUGUGCCUUUUAAUAGUUGAAUGAUGAUGACAUUUCGGUAGCUGAAAUUUUCUCAGAUAUGGAGGCAGAGACGUAGUGGUAGGGGUGGGGAAACUGCACCUGCAUAAUUUAUCUGUCUUAUGGCUGUUAGCUGUACAGGAGCUUUGCUGAGGGGAGGAAAGUGGCAACACUUCCUUCCAGGGCAAACAUAUUGAGGCCUGGGCUGGGUGGAUGCAUUUGAUUAAUGUAGAUUAAAUGUGUAGCUUUGCUGUCUUAAAAAAAAAAGGGAGAAGGAAUUCGAGGGCAAAACCAAGAAGUGAAUGAAAACACAUAGUUUUGCCUAAAGCUCAGAAUGCUACUACUGUAAGAUAUAAAUAUCUUUACAACACAAAAGCACAUCCUGCUCUCAGUGGUCUCCCUAGUUAAUAUUUGGUUUUGGUUUGCAGUUGUGUAGCCUGAUCCUAUGCAUGUUUACUUGGAAGUAAGGCUGACUAUGAUCUUUGGGACUUAGCUGAAAUAAGUGUGCAUAAUAGAGUUGAAGUUUUGAAUUCCAUCCAGUUCUCUACUACCAUCUUGCUACUGCUCCCUUCAGAGCUGACCAUUAUUUGGUAUGGGUGCAUGAGAGCAUGUUCACAAGAAGCAUGUGUGUGUGUUUGUAGCAAUAUAUAGCUGAGCCUGAGAGAUGAAGGUUUGGUAGAGAUAAUGUUAUGUGGUUAUAUUAAAGGCAUAGCUGGCUGGGUGAGUGAAUUGUGGCUGAGACAGGGGAAUGUUUGGACAUGAAGUUAUUGCUGCUGGACAUGGCUUUAUAAGGGAGUGAAAUUCAGGACGAGUCUCCUUGGUAUAAUAAUUGAACCGCAUUCAUAUUAAACAUGGAUAGGCUUAUGAGAAAAUGGUAUAUGAUCUUUAAUCUGGCAAUUCCAAGUGGUGUAUGUGGGUCAGGGAGAGGGUUUUCUUUCUUUUUUUCUAUCUCUCUUUGAGGUCUCAGAGUUGACCAGAGCUGAAGAUGAGGAUAUUGUAUGACAUGUUGAAGAAAUGUUUCUUCUGUGAUGGCUCAGUGGAAAACUUUUGUUUUCAAGCUCAGGAUCUAAAACCCUGUUCAAACAUGAUGUUCAGCUUGCGUACAAUCUGUGUAUAGUGUGUACUUGUGUAGAUAGGUACUCACAGUUAUUCACACAUUAUGUUCAACACUUAUGUAUCAGCACACUUCCUACCUGCACCUGCAUUUGAGGGAGCCUGUACCCCAUGCACAUCUUUAAGAUGAAUGCAUUUACAGUCAUUCAGACAAAAACAUGUAUGCAGACAAUUAUAUGCAUAUACAACAUAAUAUCUAAACAGGGUUUAAGUGACUGACAUAUUUGAACUUUGCAAGACGUUUCUGUACAUAUGAGAAAUAUAUGAGGUUUUGAUCUCAGAGGAGGAAGUAUUGGGUGGAGUGUCAACUCCCCAUGAGCAGCACAACUUGACUGUCUUAUCUAUCUUGAUGUGCUUGACUGUAUGCCAGUCCAUUUUCAUAUGGGCAUCCCUGGCAAUGCUGCAUUUUGUUGACUAGUGUUUACUGACUAUGCUCGUGUUAUUUUAGAUAUGAGUAAAGCUGUUAGGCAUGUAAGAUUAUUUGGCCUUAUGGAAGCCCUUUCUAGCACUUUUUUAGAUGCUUCCGAGGGGAUGUAAAGUGAAAGGAUUUAUUUGUGAGAGCUGGUGUAGUGUAGUGCCUAAGCAUAUGAGCUGUGAAUUGGAAAGUCCUGGGUCCAGAUCUCAUUUUGGCUAUGAAUUCAGGGUGGGUAGCUCUAGGCAAACCUUUACAACCGCCGCCCCUCUAUAUAUGGAAAUAGCACAGGCCUACCUUGCAGGGCUGUUGCAUCGUUUACUAAAAUAAUAUACAUGGAUUGCUUUGAGCACUUGAAAUGGGCUGUAUGGAUGUUACAUAUCAUUCUUAAGUAAAGCUGAGAGUUGGUGCAGAGUGAAAGGGCGGGAGGAUCACUGUCUUGUGAUAAAGGCAGGGGGGCAUAUAUGAGGCCAGCCCGUUAUGACUGUUGGAAACUCUCCCCCCCCCCUUUCUUGGUGGGUCUCCUGUUUAACAGCAGUAUGAAAGGCAGAGAUUUAUUAGCUUUCUUCAGCAUUGCAUCUCCAUGCUGGGGGGAAAUGGAAUUUGUGGAAUUUUUGCCUGUUGCAUCACACAACUGUGGCAUAGGAGAAAAGAAAGCAAUCUGGCAUCCCGAAGUCUUCAGCAAGCUGGGUUGAAAGCAUGGCAUAGGCAAAGAAUUGGAAGUAUAUAGUGGCAGUGCAGUGUUACCAAAGACAGGAAUGAUGGCUUGAACUUAACAGCUCAAUUCUUGGGUCUGAUUUUCAACAUGCUGAUUAAGGAGUAUCACAUACUGCUGCCCAUGAGCCUGACAGAGUACCAGGUGGCCCAGCUGUACAUGAUCCAGAAGAAGAGCCGUGAGGAGUCGAGCGGUGAGGGCAGUGGGGUUGAGAUCCUGGCCAACCGGCCCUACAGCGAUGGCCCAGGUGGCAAUGGUCAGUAUACACACAAGAUCUACCAUGUGGGUUCUCACAUCCCCAGCUGGUUCCGUGCCCUCCUCCCCAAGGCAGCUCUGCAGGUGGAGGAAGAAUCCUGGAACGCCUAUCCCUACACACGCACCAGAUACACCUGCCCCUUUGUGGAAAAAUUCUCGAUUGAGAUUGAGACCUAUUACCGCCCUGAUGCUGGGAAACAGAACAACAUCUUCAACCUGAAUGCAGUGGAACGAAGGCAAAGAAUUCUGGACACUAUUGACAUUGUACGGGACGCUAUCUCACCCGGUGAAUACAAGGUGGAGGAAGACCCACGGCUAUACCACUCAGUCAAGACGGGACGUGGGCCUCUGGGAGAUGACUGGCUGGAGAAUGCCGUUGCUGGGCCUCUCAUGUGUGCUUACAAGCUUUGUAAGGUGGAGUUUCGCUAUUGGGGCAUGCAGUCCAAGAUUGAACAGUUCAUCCAUGAUGUAGGUCUGCGGAAGGUGAUGCUACGGGCGCACCGCCAGGCCUGGUGUUGGCAGGAUGAGUGGAUAGACCUCACCAUGGACGACAUCCGCAGGCUGGAGGAGGAGACGGCACUCAUGCUGGCUCAAAAGAUGGCCAAGUGCACAGAGCCUGACACGGGCCCUGUUGUGCCCAGCCCUGAGGGCCCAGCGGAACUAGACAACCAUGAGAAGCCAGACAGGACUGACAUCCUCAGGGCUCCUGACUCCUCUCCAGAUGAUCCAUUUGCCAAGCAGUGGUCGUCGUCUUCUCGCUCAUCCUACUCUUCUCAGCAUGGAACUGGAGUGUCUCCCCAUAGCUUAUCAGAGUGGCGAAUGCAAAAUAUUGCACGGGACUCCGAGAACAGCUCUGAGGAGGAAUUCUUUGAUGCUCAUGAGGACCUUUCUGACAGCGAUGAUGUUUUUGCCAAGGAAAUCACAAAGUGGAACUCAAAUGACUUUCUUGACACUCUGGAGCGACCCAGUGAGCAGGAUGAUGUUCUUGUUGAUGCUGCUGGAGCAGCCAAGCCAGAUAGUGAUGGGGUCAUUGCAUCUGGCCCAUCAGAGGCUGGCUCAGAAGGCCUCUCUAGGACGUGUCGUAUCCACGCGCUCUUCCUGAUCCUCCACAGUGGCAACAUCCUAGACCAAGGCGUGGGAGAGCCGGGCUCCAAGCAGGCUGAUGUGCAGACGCUCACUGCCACCUUGGACUCAGUUACCCGCCUACACUUCCCUGAGGCAUUGGGGCACAUUGCACUGCGCCUGGUGCCUUGCCCACCUAUCUGUGCUGCUGCCUAUGCCCUUGUCUCCAAACUCAGCCCCUACAGUCAUGAUGGUGACAGUUUGUCCAGUAGCCAAGACCACAUCCCGCUGGCUGCUUUGCCUCUCCUGGCCACAUCUUCAGCCAGCUACCAGAAUGCUGUUGCAACUGUCAUUUCCUGUUCCAACCAGGCUUAUGCCAGCUUCAUCCACUCCCCUGAUGGCAUUGGCUUCUGUGGCCAGGUACUGCUGAUUGGAGACUGUGUUGGGGGAAUCCUGGCCUUUGAUGCUCUAUGCCACAGCCGUGCUGGUGGGACAGGCAGUCGUGGGAGCAGCCGCCGUGGCAGCAUGAAUGCUGAGCUGCUUUCCCCAGAGACUUUGGUGUCCCGAGACCCACUGCUUGAAAAGGCGGAGAUGUUGGGGAUGGGUCGUGCCAGCCCUGAGCCGGGGGCACUCCCUCCCACCCAGAAACGUAUAGACAGUGUGGCACAAGAUGCAGACUCUUUACCACAGCAACAGCAGUUCUUGUCGAGCCUGCAGGCUAAUGUGCCUGCGUCGGAGGCAGAAGGAGACCCGCGGCGCAGCAGUAACUCAUCUUCCUCAGUGGUAGAGACCUUUGAAGGGACAAAUGCAGUUGGGAAACUGGAGUUCAAGGUGUCUGGUUUCUUCUUGUUUGGCUCACCGCUGGGGCUGGUACUUGCACUUCGUAAGACAGUAAUGCCAGCCAUGGACGUGGCCCAGAUGCGUCCAGCUUGUGAACAGGUCUACAACCUGUUUCAUGCGGCUGAUCCUUGUGCCUCCCGCCUGGAACCUCUGCUAUCCCACCAGUUCCAUGCCAUUCCACCCUUUGCUGUUCCCCGCUACCAGAAAUAUCCCUUGGGGGAUGGUUCGUCCACUUCAUUGGAUGAGUCCUUACAGACUCACUCUGCCCUCUUUUUGGAAGAGCUGGACCUUGUGACACCGCCCACUCCAACAGGUGUUUUUGGGGGCUUCUGGAAAGGGAAUGAGGCAUCCACGAGUGAGACCCCUGUUGGCAACACCAGUGAGGUUGUCAAGAUUCUGGACCGUUGGUGGGGUGGGAAGCGCAUUGACUACUCUCUCUACUGUCCUGAAGCGCUGACAGCCUUUCCCACCAUUACCCUGCCUCAUCUCUUCCAUGCCAGCUACUGGGAAAGUGCCGAUGUGGCUGCCUUCAUCCUGCGCCAGGUGAUUGAGACAGAGCAGCCCCAAGUGACCGAGAAUGAGGAGAGUUCCAUCUACAGCCCAGCUUUUCCUCGUGAAAAAUGGCAGCGUAAGCGCACACAAGUGAAGAUCCGGAAUGUCACUGCGAACCACCGGGCCAGUGAUGUUGUUGUGUGCGAAGGGAGAUCUCAGGUCCUCAAUGGGCGCUUCAUGUACGGGCCAUUGGAUGUAGUGACUCUGACUGGGGAAAAGGUGGAUAUCUACAUCAUGGCACAACCCCUGUCAGGGAAAUGGGUGCACUAUGGCACAGAGGUGACAAGUGGCAGCGGGAGACUCUCCUACACCCUCCCUGAGGAGAAGAUGCUGGGCAUCGGCAUGUACCCUGUCCGUAUGGUAGUGAGAGGGGAUCAUACCUAUGCUGAGUGCUUUCUCACUGUGGUAGCCAAGUCCACACCUUGUGUGGUCUUUAGUAUUGAUGGCUCCUUCACAGCCAGUGUCUCCAUUAUGGGCAGUGACCCCAAAGUGCGUGCUGGUGCUGUUGACGUGGUGAGGCAUUGGCAGGAUUCUGGAUACAUGAUCAUCUACGUGACUGGGCGCCCAGACAUGCAGAAGCACCGUGUGGUAGCCUGGCUUACACAGCAUAACUUUCCUCAUGGCAUUGUUUCUUUCUGUGAUGGCUUGACACAUGACCCCCUGCGCCAGAAAGCUGUCUUUCUACAGGGCCUGCAGCAAGAGGCAGAAGUCACCAUUGUGGCUGGAUAUGGAUCUACAAAGGAUAUAUCUGUCUACAGCUCCUUGGGACUCCCCCAGUCACAAAUCUAUAUUGUGGGCCGGGCUGUGAAAAAACUGCAAAGCCAAUGCCAGUUCCUAUCGGAGGGCUACGUAGCACACCUGGCCCAGCUGGAAGCGGCAUCCCUUGCCCACUCGCCAAAAGGAACGACGAGGCCCACAUUAGGCAAAGGCAGUUAUGGCUGCCCUGCUCCCGUUGACUUCCUGCGCAAGCAGAGCCAGCUGUUGCGCUCGCGGGGCCAGAGCCAGGCUGAACGGGAGGCGUCAGGGGGCAUCCAGCCUCGAGCCAAGACACGCAGCAUUAGCCUCAAGUUGGACAGUGAGGAGUGAAGCCCCAGCGGGAAGCUCUCUGCAUUUUCAAAAUUAUUGUGGCUGGUGGCAUGACCGGGCCUGUGAGAGGCUGCAGAUGUGAGGAAAAAAGGAGCCAAGAACACCAGGCAUGGAAAGAGAGAGAGAGAGUAGGGGAGAGAUACAGAGAAACAGAAAGAGAUGGCUCUGCCCAGCAGAAGCCACAAGCUGGCAUACCGUGCCGGUAGGAUAAGGAGGAGAAUUUUUAAUAGCGUUCCAGGGGUUGCUUCCAUUCCCAUCAGUUUCAACACCGUGAUGUUCUGUUUGUGGUCCCCAUUGAUCCAAAGUCAGCCGAUCUCCCUUAAUUCAUACCUGGGGACUGGGAGGGGACAGUGGAAGUGUUCAUAAUACCCUUACUUAAGCUGUGUUACUUCGUCUUUGAAUUGACUGUUCACAUUCCCACCCACCCCCAGUUUUCAGGUUUUUGAGUUCUUUAAAGACAAUAAUAUCCCCGUUUCUCUGCCAAGUGAGGCAGUAGCUGAUCCAACUCCCCUUGCUGAAAAAUCAGAACAAUUUUCCAGGUCUUCCCAUAUCCUCUGUGCUUUAAGUAGGGUGGGUGGUUAGGGGGAUAUAGACUUCAGGGCUUCCCCCUUUCUUCCUGCAAAGGCUGAGCAGCUUGCUCCCGCCUCUAGUGCAGUUCUCAAUCCAGUCCUCCUGCCUGUGCUCUGGUCUUUGGCUGUCUGCAUGAUACUGCCCUCCUGUGAGUGUAUUGUGUCCAAUGUUGAAAGCACAGGAUAUUCAGGAAUAAGGAGAAAUCCAUACUUCCUUUUUGACAUGGGAGAAACCGAUUUGAGGGUUUGGUAUUUAUUUCAUUGUGUCAGAAUUGUUGGGAGGCCGGGAGUACAAUUCUGUUUUGGAGGAUUUGUGGGGGGUUUACAUUAUCUUUAAAUGUGUUACAAAACUGAAAAAUAAAUAAAUAGUGGAUGUAUGCAUCUUGAA